CGCGUGUGAUGUCUGGGGCAGCGAUUGGCCCUCGCCUGCAGGGGGCUUCUCUCACCGGGACUUGGGACUCCCGGGAAGUGGACUGGCAGAGGAGGGGGCAAGCUUGCUGUCUCUGCGGACGGAACAGAAGACCGCGGCGUGAGGCGGCCUCCCUGGGCCGGGUGGGCUGGCGAGCAGACGCGGCGGCGUGGAAGAGGCUGUGAGGAGCGCGUAGUGUAGGGGGCGGCGCGGAGACACCAUGGCCCCGCAGAACCUGGGCACCUUCUGCCUGUUGCUGCUGUACCUCAUCGGGGCAGUGAUCGCCGGGCGAGAUUUCUAUAAAAUCUUGGGGGUGCCUCGCAGUGCCUCUAUAAAAGAUAUUAAAAAGGCCUACAGGAAACUAGCCCUGCAGCUCCAUCCUGACCGGAACCCGGAUGAUCCACGAGCCCAGGAGAAAUUCCAGGACCUAGGUGCUGCUUAUGAGGUUCUGUCAGAUAGUGAGAAGCGGAAACAAUAUGAUACUUAUGGUGAAGAAGGAUUAAAAGAUGGUCACCAGAGCUCCCAUGGAGACAUUUUUUCACACUUCUUUGGAGAUUUUGGUUUUAUGUUUGGAGGAACCCCUCGCCAGCAAGACAGAAAUAUUCCAAGAGGAAGUGAUAUCAUUGUAGAUCUAGAAGUCACUUUGGAAGAAGUGUAUGCAGGAAAUUUUGUGGAAGUCGUUCGAAACAAACCUGUGGCAAGGCAGGCUCCUGGCAAAAGGAAAUGCAAUUGUCGGCAAGAGAUGCGGACCACCCAGCUGGGCCCAGGCCGCUUCCAGAUGACGCAGGAGGUGGUCUGCGAUGAGUGCCCCAACGUCAAACUAGUGAAUGAAGAACGGACACUGGAGGUAGAAAUAGAACCUGGGGUGAGAGAUGGCAUGGAAUACCCCUUUAUUGGAGAAGGUGAGCCUCACGUGGAUGGGGAGCCUGGAGACCUCCGGUUCCGAAUCAAAGUUGUCAAGCAUCCAAUAUUCGAAAGGAGAGGAGAUGAUUUGUACACAAAUGUGACAAUCUCAUUAGUUGAGUCUCUGGUCGGCUUUGAAAUGGAUAUUACUCACUUGGAUGGCCACAAGGUGCAUAUUUCCCGGGAUAAGAUCACCAGGCCAGGAGCCAAGCUAUGGAAGAAAGGAGAAGGUCUCCCUAACUUUGACAACAACAACAUCAAGGGCUCUUUGAUAAUCACUUUUGAUGUGGAUUUUCCAAAAGAACAGUUAACAGAGGAAGCACGAGAAGGCAUCAAACAGCUCCUGAAGCAAGGAUCAGUGCAGAAGGUAUACAAUGGACUGCAAGGCUAUUAAGAGUGAAUAAAAUUGGACUUUGUUUAAAAUAA